CGGCUCAGACCGCAAGUAGACGCGGGAGCGUGCGCGCGCGUUUCUUCCGGACACCGACACCGUCGCCGUCGUCGUCUCGCAAUUAUUGUUGUUGUCAGUUGUCGUCGCGCUCGUAUCGGCAGGAUCCCCCAGGUUGCGGCGCCCGCCCGCCCCUCGUCCGGCUUUUCGCGCGCGCAGGGCUGCAGCAUGACAGUUGCUAUUAUGAGCGAGACUCCCGGUGCAGACAACUGACUCUUGCGACAGUGGACGCGACUUAGCAGCAGCAGCAGCAGCGGCAGCGGCAUCGGUCGAGUAUACAAUACGCGCUGGUGUGCCCCGCAAGUGAAAGAGAGAGCCAGCUAAGCGCAGUACGCCGGACAGAGAGUGCGGACAGUCGGUGCACUGCAGCAGAGUCAGCAGCGAGCGUCCCGUCGCUCGCUCCCAAAAGCAGCCAAGAUUCGGAUCAAGAACAAGGAGCCGGUGCCGUCCUACGCGAUGGAGAUCCUGGACGAGUACCAGGACUCGAUGGGCCAGCCGGUUCCAGGGGACGUUGCCAACAUGGCCAGCAUGGCUCACCACCGGCACACGCCCGACAGCCCCAUGUCGCACCAGGAGGAGGACCUGUCCGACCCGGACCGCCAGGACGAGGAGAGCGGCGAGGAGCUGCCGCAGCAGCCGCUCCAGGCUAACAACCACUCGUCCGCGGACAACACGCCGGUGCCCACGCCGCUCUCGCACCUCAACAGCCUCAUGAGCUCGAGCCACCCGCACUUCCUGGCCAAGAUCAAACUCGAGAACGAGAUGGACCUGCUGAACAACAAGAGCGGCCUGGAGGCGCUGCAGGCGGUGCAGGCGGCGAUGGGCGGCGGGGGCUUCAACCUGCCGUUCUCCUUCCCCAACCCGAGCGCCUUCCUCGUGCCCAACCAGCAGCACGCGCAGCUGGCCCCGGGCGGCAUGCCGCUCAACCCCUCGAGCAACAACAACAACAACAACAACAGCAGCAGCAGCAGCAGCAACAACAACCAGAACCUCGGCGUCGGCGGCGGCAACAACGUGCCCUCCUCGGCCAGCUCGCACUCGAGCGAGUCGUCCCAGGGCAGCGGCCGCAACGGCAGCGUCCUCGAGACCGCCAACCGGGAGUCCGUUCCCGGAGGCGGCGCCGGCAGCGUGCACUCCCAGAGCGGCUCCCAAGCCCAGCAGGCGCAUCAACAGCAGACCAGCUGGAGCUUCGAGGAGCAGUUCAAACAGGUGCGUCAGUUGUACGAAAUAAACGACGACCCCAAGAGGAAGGAGUUCCUCGAUGACCUGUUCAGCUUCAUGCAGAAGCGAGGAACGCCGAUCAACCGACUGCCCAUCAUGGCCAAGUCCGUGCUCGACCUCUACGAGCUGUACAACCUGGUGAUCGCGCGCGGCGGCCUCGUCGACGUCAUCAACAAGAAGCUCUGGCAGGAAAUCAUCAAGGGUCUCCACCUUCCGUCGAGCAUAACCUCGGCCGCGUUCACGCUGCGCACCCAAUACAUGAAGUACCUCUACCCGUACGAGUGCGAGAAGAAGCACCUCUCGACCCCGGGCGAGCUGCAGGCGGCCAUCGACGGCAACCGGCGCGAGGGCCGGCGCAGCAACUACGGGGCGUACGGGGGCGGCGGCGAGGCCGGCCAGCAGCAGCUGAUGCACCACCAGCGCAGCCCGCACGCGCCCUCCUCGCUGGCCUCGCUGCACCAGCAGAUCUCGCCGCUCUCGCUGGUCUCGGCGGCCGUGCAGCAGGCCGCGGCGGCGAGCGGCCAGCACCAGGUCGGCCCGCAGAACCCGGUGAACGGCAGCGCGGCGCACACGCCCCUGCUGCACCACCCGCACCACCCCCAGCACAGCCAGACGCCCGUCGCCGGCAUGGCGCCCGAGUUCGAGGCGCACAUGGCCGAGUACGUCAAGCGGCUGCAGCACGAGAUGCGGGUGCGCAGGACCUCGCCGAACCGGCUGAUCCACCGGCAGGGCAGCGCCUCGCCGCCCCCGGCCAGGUCGCCCUCGCGCGACGCCGCCAUCCUCGAGAUGUCGCGCUUCACCCUCUGGAACAUGUACAACAACAACCUGCACCCGGGCAUCGGCUACCCGCCCUCGGCCGUCUCGCCGCAGAACAGCUCGCACUCGCCCCCGCCGCAGCCCGGCAGCCCCGAGCCCCAGAAGGAGGCGCUCGACCUGGGCCUCAGGUCCUCGCCGGGCUCCUCCUCGCCGGCGCGACAGAGCCCGCCAUCGUCCGGCGGCAGCAUCGCCAUCAAGCGCGAGCUCGAGCUCACUAGCGGCACCUCCGCCAGCAAGAGGCUCUGCAUGGACGAGGACGGCCCCGCGGAGAGCGCUCUUGGCGCUCUUCCCGCCCUCCCCGGCACGCACAUCAAGAUCUCAAACCGAGGGGACGGCCGCGACAACUCGCUCGUCGUCAGCAUGGAGCUCAACGGGGUCAUGUACCAGGGCGUCCUCUUCGCCCAGACCGACGGCCGGGCCAGCGUCAGCGCCUCGACCAACAACAACGAGACCAAGGCCUCGACGCGCAACGUCGUCUCGUGAACGCUCUCGCCUCCCUCUUCUCUCCUCGCCGAAGAACCUGACACUCACACCUAGACACACUCGCACACCUCUCGAAUCCCUUCUCAUUUCAGAGCGCACUCUCCGACUCGGCUGCUUGGCGAGCCCUUUCGCGCUCCUCGCGCUUCUUCGAUUCGACAAAGAAGCGCACUACACUGUUCGUCGCUGUCACCCCCCUCCCCCUCCCCCUCCCCCUCCCCCUACGUUCACCUUUUUCUUCCGCGACUCGCUCGAGACGUCUCCGGCCGUGCAGUGAUGCGUACUACUUCGCUUUUAUUACACACCCACACACACACACACACACAGGUCGUGUGCCCGUAGCCCAAGUCUCGAUAUUCAAAGAGAGAAAAUGGAAAGAUAAACGACGCUUUCAUUUUUUUACCAAUAGUAUGAACAAAACAAGUGCUUAGAUUUUAUCGAAUGAACGUAUUUUCGCUUAGUUUCUUUUAUACGAGUGAGGACGACGACAGCAAAUUGCGGAGACGUUUCGAUGUAUGCGAGCGAGCGUUAUUCAGUAGGGAAUCGUCACACAUAGUAUUAGUCGUCUCACGAAAGUCAAAACGAACUUUCUUUUUUUUAUACAUAUACAUACAUGAAUGAUAAUCGUUUAAAUCGCCUAAUCAAAACGUCCUAAUUUAUUUAUUGUCUCAAAGUCUUAGAUUUUUGUGUUGUUUUUUUUUUGCGAGAAUCCAAUGCGCCUUGCAUAAUAAUGGUAACUUUACGACAGAUUAAGCAUAAUGUAGAAAGUAUCCUCGCGUGUAAAAUGAGUAGAGAUCGCCGAUACAUUUCAACUCUUAACUUCCCUUUACAGAUUUUAUAUAAGCAUUUUAUUAAUAUUUCUAUACGUGUACAUUCGUUUUAUCUACUAUGACCAACAAACUAUUGAUUAAUUUUUUGUGAGUGUCGUCUUAAAGGCCUCUGGAUACCUUCAUUUGUCUCUUACUGAGUUCCACGGUUUUAAAUUUGUUCGAAUAAAAUUUGUCAUCUUCGUUAAUCUAGCUUCUGACAUUUCCAUACUUGAAAAUGAAAAGGAAAAAUGUCAUGAUCUCUUUUUACACAAGAUUUCAUAGCUAAAUUCAACGGAUAACUAUUGGCUAUUCGAACAAAUUACGAGGUAUAAAGUAUACCUGUCGGAAUAUUGUAGACAACUUUGUUGGUAUCUUGCGUCGUAUAAGAGAGGAAAUACCCUCAUUUUUUCUUAUUUCUUUUGCUCUUUUUUCUUUUAAGUUUGUACAUAUUAUUGUGUCAAGAUUGAUUAGUUAAACAGAAAAUGAACGAUCUGAUGAGUAUGUGAGCCUGCGCGUGUGCAAAAGUAAGAGAGAAUGAAUGAAUAGGCGAUCGAGUUGUAAUUUUUUUAUAUUAUAAAUGGAAUUAUUAUUAUUAUUAUUAUUAUUAUUAUUAUUAUUAUUAUUAUUAUUAUUAUUAUUAUUAUUGAUGGAUAUUAUCGAGAUUUUAAUUAUUAUAUAUUCGCGCUCGAAAAAUUGGAUUUUCUUUUUUAUCAUGGACGAAUCUCGCGAAUCGUUAGACGUUUGUAUUUUUUAAAGAGGCGAGCGUGAGUAAGCGGUUUUAAGGAUUAAUUUGUUUCUUUGUUUCAUAUAUUGAGUGAUUCGCGAGCGUUAAACCUGUGUUUACUGAACUUGAAUUUUAAUCAAAUAAGUGGUCUCAAUAGCAAUUGAAUUUUACAUAUAAGAUUUUUAAGUUUUUUGUUAACAUAUCGACACAGUGCAAUCAAAUUAUUAUCUGAUUUUUUAAUAUUGUUUUUACACAAUGAUUAUGAUUUUAAAUCCUCUAAAGAGUCGAAUUAUUAUUUUUUUAAUUUUUGGUACACACAUAAUAAUGCCAUCAUCAAUUGUAAUCAAUAAUUUUUGUUCCAAUUAAUAAUGGAAUUUUUAUUUUUGAUACCACAAAGAAAUAACUUUUCAAGAUAACGAUUGUUGUUCAUUUUUUACGCUAAACUAUUAGAGUGCAGGAUAUCAGCAUACUUUUAUUCUGUUCUUACAUUAAACCUAUACUGUCUGAUUAAAAUUCUCGUUCAUUGCACGUAAAGCAGUUUUUUAUUAGGAAAAAGAUUGUUAAAUUGAUAUAACAAUAUAUGUUAGACACGGCGAUAUAGCAAUUGAAUUUACGAUUUGACUUUGAUCGUAAUAUAAUCACUCAAAAAUUGCGCAGACUAGUGCGUAAAAUUAGAGUGAAAAAGCAAACAGCAAAUGUGCGAACUACAUGUGACAGAUGUAGGAACGAUGAAUGUAAACAGGAAGAACCUAAUUAUAUUCGUAGAUGUGUAAACAAUUUUAAAUCUAAUGCAACAAAACAAAAUGGCAAACAUGCGAUCGUUUUUUAGUCAUAGCUGUUAGGGUACUUAACAUGUAAAAGUUAAGGUGUUAGAAGUAUAGCGAGAUAAAUACAGGAUAUGCGAAUGUUCAAAGAUGAAAAAACGUCGAUUUUGUGGUUCUUUCUUUUUUCGUUUGUUAGAAAGAAAGAACGAGGUAUACAGGAAGAAAAUGAAAGAUGCAGGUCUAUAAAGAUGGGAGCAGCUAAACGGGAAAGGCAAAUUUUUAUUGUUCAUAGUUCGAAGAUUAGCCAAAAAAGACUGUUACAUAAGACAAAUAUUACUCUAGAAAUUAAUUCUUACUACGAUCUAACUAUUAAAGAUAUUAUCAUGUCAUUUAUAAUAAGAAAUCAUUUUGCCUAAACUUGACUACUAGCGAUAGUUGAUGAAAAGCUACCAUCACAGCAUUUCUUUUUCGACGUUGGCGCGCGAGAAUGCGGGAGGCCUUUCUAAUCAAAACUACGUUUUUAAUAAAGUUAUUAUUUAAAAAUAAAAGGUUUGAUGGAAAAAUCAAAGAAACGUUUGACUCUUAAUAUAUUAUGGUCUCAUUGAAAAAAAAAAAUUACAUUUAUUUGAAGAAAAUUUGAUCCCCGAUUUCCAUCAGACUCUUUCGUCCAGCUAAAAAAGUCAUUGCCCACCUAAUUUACCGAUCACUAAAAUUCUUUUCAAAGAACCAUAUCCCGUAUUGCGGAUGAAACUUGAGUACGCAAAAUGUAGUAAGCAAAAAGAGGUCUAGGUUAUAUGAAAAAGAUUCUUGCAUCCAAGUAUUAUAAACCGAGAGAGAAAGAAAAAGGUAGAGAAAGUGAAGAAGGUACGUUAGGUGGUUCCUUGUUAAGCGUUUUUUUCUUCUCUUCUCUCUAAGGCUCACUGUGACACGCAAUAUAUAUAUUUUUUUUUAAUCUGUCACGCUCGAUUGUGAUUCGGCAAAAAGCUCGUGAGGCAUUCGUUAACUGUUAGAGCCAUCCUGUGCGCGAGUGCCAGCCGGCUAUUACUUAGAAUAUAUUAUAAAUAUAUAUAAAUGAAUAUAUAAUUAUUAUUUUUUAACUAAGUAACAACUGCACCAUAAACUUACAACGUAUAAUAUUGUAAUGAUGAAUGUGUAUAUAUAUAUAAAUGAUAUCGAUCGACGAAAAAAAUGAUAAACAUAGAACACCGAUGACAUUUAACUGUAUUGUAGUAUCUCCUCAAACAUAGCAAGCUUAAUAUUUCUCUGUAAAUCAAUGUAAACGUGCUCCACAAUCAUAAAUAAAAAGGAACAUACUUUUA